GAUCAUGUGACCCACUUCCUCGUUUGGCAGCUGGCUGGCUGCUGACUGCUGUUGUGGCUUUUUAACUUCGCGGCUUUGUCACUACAGCCCGUUGUUGUGGAGAACCAUAACGCACCACUGUGGACUUUUUUUUUCUAAUUUAACACUUUCAAAGACAACAAAAAAAUGUUGGAGCUGAGUUUUGUGAUUCCCGUGGCGGUGAUGACUAUUUUCUGGGGUCUAGUCGGCGGUGUUGUGCCUUGGUUCAUCCCGAAAGGUCCCAAUCGAGGGGUUAUUGUCACCAUGCUGGUUCUAACGGCAGUGUCCUGCUAUCUCUUCUGGUUGAUUGCCAUUCUGGCCCAGCUGAACCCGCUGUUUGGACCAGCCCUGAAGAAUGACAUCAUCUGGUACCUGCAAUACCAUUGGCCAUGAGGGUCACAUGACCUUUACAGGGUGAUGGUGUUCCGUCCUGUGCAACAGACCAAACUCCUCUACUACUUCGUGAAAACUGAAGAUCUGUGUGUGUGUGCGUGCGCAAACGUUUGAACCGGUAAUGGAUGUGACCAUUUGAUUUUGUUCCACAGAAACACUGUUUGGUUUUGGCUCCAAAGUGGUGUGUGUGUAAGAUAUGACUGCUGUGUGUGUGUGUGUGUGUGUGAGUGUGUGUGUGUGUGUGUGUGUGUGUGUGUGUGUGUGUGUGUGUGUGAGAAGAUGAAAAAAAAGUGAAUGUAUUAAGUUAUACUCUUCAUGCUGACAAUAAAAUGUCUACAAAUAUG